CUAAAUUCCCAUCUGUAUUCUCAACUGCGCCGCGGGGAACAUCCUCUGUUGUCUUUUAGAGCCUACACUGCCCACGAACAGUGAUUAUCACGCACAAGCUGGAAAAGUAUGUACACCACUGCGUGCGAGGCAUGCCGCAAGGUGCGAAUGAAGUGUAUCCGUCCUUCAAGAGGAUAUGACAUGUCUGAGAUAUGCGAACGAUGUCGAUCCACAGGCAUCGAGUGCAUCACUGUAAAGCGUCGGGUAGGAAGACAGCCGGGAGUAAAGAAUCGCAAACGUAAAGCGGAUUCUAUCAGUGAACAAACCGGAGCUUCUUCCGCAAGCAACAGUGAAGCACAGAUUCCGAGAGAUGUGGAUCAUCUUCCAAAUCCGCUACAUGUCUUGGCUUCGGAAGCUAUCAGAAGGCAUUUUACACCAGAGGCAGAAGAGGCAACCGCUCAGGACAGCUACCAUAUACGCAGCAGCAAGAGUAUCUUCCAUAGGUACUCAGAUUGGGCUGAAAAGAUUCAGCCGGAGGGAGGGAAGGAGGCGAUCAUGCGUCGACUUGAUUCACUAUUAUCAAAGAAGCCCAUAGAAAUGUCCUCGGAUGUUGACGAGCCAUCAGUCUUUUGUGGAAGGAUUGACAUGGCGAGGCCAGAUGCAUCCCCCGAGCACGAUGUUAUCUCACUGCAGAUUGUCAGUCUCGCUGAAGCGCAGCAUCUUUUCGACUCGUUUAUGGAGCUCAUCACCAAUGGAUCCAUGUACUUUGACCCACGCCUUCACACCCUCGCAUUCGUCCGAUCCCGCAGCUCAUUCCUCCUUGCCGUCAUUCUCGCUAUCGCAAGCACCUACAAAUCCAUUUGUCCCUCUGCUCGGCUGCAUACUCUCCUCAUGAACCACGCACACCGACUCGAGGCUGUAGUCCGGAAUAAUCACCUCAAGUCAAUUGAGAUUAUCCAAGGUCUCUUGCUCUUGGCGAGUUGGAUGGAAAUACCGUCUACUCUGGCGAGAGAUAAGACGUGGAUGUUUGUGUCAUAUGCGUUGGCGCUUGUUGUUGAGCUCCGAUUAGAUACUGCACUGCCAUACUGCGUUCAAACGGAUCCAUUAUACGACAAGAGUAAUCACGACCUACUGGUUAGGAAUGCACAUCGGGUAUGUUUCCUCAUGUAUAUACACGAUCGGAAUAUGGCGAUGGUGGCGGGCCGCCAUCCGAUAUUCCGAGAUUCUGCUUUAGUGUCACCCGACUCAUUAGCAAAAUGGGGAAAACAUCCUCUUGCGCACCGUUUCGAUGCGGCUAUCUGUGCAUCUGUAUCGCUGCGAAAGCUCGUAACGAGCGCGCAUGCCCGGUUGAGUACCCAGAAUUAUCCUGAUUUCGCCUCCGGCGAAGAAUACAUUGACCGUUCAAUGGCGGAAUGGCGAAGACGAUGGUCUUAUGAAAUACAAAGUACCCAUGAAUACGACAUUAUUGCACGCUUUUCAGCUUUUGUGCUCGCACUGACACUGGUCAAGAAGCGACAGCUUACAGGGCAAAUUGAAAGAGAAGCAAGGAGGGCAUGUGAGGUACUCGCGUUCGAUGUCGUAUGUGCUGCCAUACAUCACUAUAAGACAUGGAAAGGUCUUUUGAAUUCCGCGACAUUCGACACAAGCAUGGUUGCGUUUUGCGCCAUAUACACUAUUCAGUCAAUUAAUCAUUCUGCCUCACCGUACCUUUCAGAUCUUUCGCUGCUACGCUUGGCUACUGUCCACGAGCUUAUUGGCGAACUGGAAACUCAAGCGGAAGCAAGGCAUACAGUUGACAUCCCGGGGUACUUUUCUGUUGUUGACGCCAUGGCUCGUCAAUUGUCCCGCAAUAUGCGCCUGUUGCUUUCAAAGAAAGAAAUUUACCAAGCGCCUCAUUCUGAGACCUCGGAAACCCAUUCUUCGACAUACAACCCCCAUACAAACUUUAUUCAUACGCAUCCUCAUCUUCAUCAUCUACAAGACCCUCACCACUAUACCAACAACCAAUUUCCACAAUUCGACGAGGUCGCACAGUUCAUGUUUACAGCAGACGAUGGGGGAUUACCGUUCAUGGGCGAUUGGGGCUUGGAGGGGCUGUUGCCAGAUAUGGAUUUUGGGAUAGACACAGGGUAUUCGGGGAGUGAGUCUGGAGGGACGUCACAUGAGAUGACUCAAGGGGUGAACAUGCAGCAUAUGCUGAAUCUAGGAUGAUCAUAAAGGAUGUUGUAAAUGGCUAGUGUUGGAUCAAUGCGUAUUGUCUUGGUGGGAAAAUGUUUUGAUGUUUUGAUGUUGUAAUGUUAUCAUCAGCGCUUCAAAGUAUGUGCAUUCUAUAUUGUGAUCCACCGAUGCAAGACGGUUCACCCUUAUGGCACGUCGUCACGGCCCAUAAAGAGAGAUACACUUCGGCAUUUUUGUAGGGUUUCUGCUGCAAAGCUGAAAUGCUGGGGUAUUAAAACGGUACAUGUUACAUUUGUCACUGGUAGUUG